GUCAGCAACAAGUAAUUUGCUUAAUUUAAAAGUGUCACAUAAAUUUGAAUAGAAGAUUUUUUUAUUUUGUCAACAUGAAGGUUUACAUCUUCAUUAUUUUAAUAUCUCUUCAACUUUUUGGAUUGAACUCUAUCAAUGUUGACUGUAACUUCAACUCAAAUUGGGACUAUAUGGUUUUACAUAGAAUUUAUCGAUGUGAAGUUGAAAACCAUCUUGACAUAACUUCACCGGAUUCAGCAGCAAUUAAAUCAAUUACUGGAUAUCACUGGAAUUGGAGAUCUAACGACGAUGUCGAAGGUUUUGACUCUCGUCACAAAAAUAUAAAUUACUUUCCACAAAGGUUGGACAAAUUCUUUGGAAAUUUGAAAUUAAUUGCUAUUUAUUAUGGUCGCAUAAAGGAAAUCCAUCAGUCAGAUUUGAAACCAUUCCCAAAAUUGGUCAAUUUCUAUUUGGACAAUAAUGAUAUUGAGACUCUAGAACCUGGACUUUUUGAUUUCAAUCCAAACUUGGAAGGUGUUUCAUUUUUGGCUAAUAAGCUCAUUAAAAUUGACUCAACAAUUUUCGACCAUUUAGUUAAGCUUCAAAACAUCUGGUUUGGUGAAAAUUUGUGUAUCAGUACAAAUGUAACGGAUAGUAUAGCAAGUGCAAGGAAUGUCAUUAAACAGGCAAAACAACUAUGCUCAAGUGAAGCUCCUGGACCAGACUCAAAAGACUGCGUUGACAGUUGUGAUUUCCAAAAUAGAAUAACUGAAUCAGUAGCUGUUGGCUUUAAAACCAUUAUAACAAAUGUAGACAAUCUUCAAGCUUCUUUUGAGGAACAAAAGUCUUCAAAAAGUGAAAAUUGGCAAACAAUUUUAAAAGAUUGGUCUGAAGAUCUUGACGAACGUCUUGAAUCUUAUGAAAACAAAACUAAAACUCAAUUAGACAAAUUUGAAAAGGAAUUUGAAGCUAGUCAAAACAAGAUUUUGACAACUGUUGAUGAAAAAAUUAGUGCCAUUGAAAGUCGUCUUGUAGGAAGAAUCGAACAGAUUUUGGAUGAGAAAUUGAAGAAAAUUUAUGACGCCUUAAAUCUUACAAAUUAAAAACGAUGAGUAGAGGAUAGGGGCGUAGCCAGUGUGUAAGAGGAACCAGUUUCCAUUUGAAUCUAAGUAUGGAUUAAUAAAACUGAUGUGAUGAGGAAUUUAAAAACUCUAAUUAAUGAUUG